GCACGAUCUCUAGCAUUCUUUCGGCGUUAAACAUUUAUAGGCAAGAUGCCAACAAUUUGCGUCGGUUCCCGCCUUUCUUCUGCCUUAAUUUGCGUCUUUCGCCUUUUGCUCGUCCCUUUCUAAGGCGCAGGCAACCAAUUACUUUUGUGGAGGCAGGCGACAACCAGAAUGCCCAUGAUGUCCAAGUUCCAGAAGAUACCAAUAUCACCGCAUGACGAGGAGAAUCACCCCAGCUUUGGAGUAGAAAGCGAAAAUCUCCUCCAAUACGGGGAUGCCGAUGGAGACGCCAACACGGAACACGAUGGCCUCUCUGACGAGCAAUGGAACAGGAAGGGGGACCGUUACACUACGGCAGGAGAGCGUCGCAGACUAGUGCCCAGGCCAUCGACGCUACGGGGAUGUGCUCUACUUGCUGUUGUAGUAGCAUUGGCCUGGGCUCUGGGCGGGACGGUUGGAUUCUGGUUCGCGACAGCACAGAAAUCGUGCACCGUGCUCGAGUGCGUCAAGAUGACUUCGGCCUACUCGCCACUGCUUGAGCAAGUAGAGUAUCACGACUACCAGUUCCAGGGGGACUUGAGCGAUACGAAUGUCUUUAAGGGACACCCGCGGCCAGAACUCGAUGCUGCCUGGGACCGAAUAGUAAAAUUGCACCCCCUUUCCAUGCCAGAAGAGCAUCGCGUCGAGCUGAACAAGACACACUCUGGCAUACUGUACCCUCCGGAAAAGGGCGGAGGCAUCAUGGUCGAAAUCGAAGCCAUGCACCAGCUGCACUGCCUCAACCUUAUGCGCAAGGUCAUCUACGCCGACUACUACUCGAGACCUGAGAACUUGCCCGUCGAGUUCAUGGUGUCGGACAAGAUGUUCUUCAACCACAUCGAUCACUGCGUCGACAAUCUCCGACAGUUCAUCAUGUGCAAGGCCGACAUGACCCCGGUCCCUUCCAACUGGGUGCACGGCCACCACAGCCCGAUCCCGGACUUUAACACGAUGCACAAGUGCCGGAAUUUCAACCACUUGUUAGACUGGAUCGAGAGGCAUGAUAAUGGCGGCGUCCCGCUGCAAACCCCCAAUCCCAGCUGGUGGCCUAAGGAAAAUCUCGCCAAGACUAUCUUUGAUUACGAGCCCAAUUUCCCCAUUCCGCCGCAUGGCCCCCACCCGGAUUUUGACAGCAAUAGAUGGGGAAGUAACUGAUUUGCAGUUGAAUUGGGCCUUUUUGGCAUUCAAUGACUUCCAAUCUGAGACCGACGCCACAGCUCCGGAAACAUGUCAUAUAUACCUGCAGUCUUCAGUCACAGUUGUCCCCAAGAAAGUAUAUGACUAGGUGUGCAUAUGUAUACAAAAGCAACACUUCAGCUAGGUAGUCUAGUAAAUUCGGGCAAAACAACAGUUCUUUCAAGACGACCUCAAAACAUCUUCGACAAGCCCCUUUUCUCCUUCCUAUACUAAUUGCCAUAACACACCAACUGCCACUGGAGAUUUCAGUUGCAUUCAGGCAUGAAGGAGCGGUUAAGGCGUGAUGACUCUUGAGACAAUAGUGCGCCGAAACGAGAUGAGAUCUCUCGAAAGAAAACUAAAGUUUAUAGUGAGAGAGGAGUAAAAAGUAAAAGAGGAAAUGUUGAGGAGAGCGGAAUGGCAGGC